GCUCGAUUGGAUCAUUUCGUAAGCGGCGGCAAACCUGUGGCGGCCUCCCUCUCUCCUCUGCGUCUCUGAGAGAGGCAAUCCGAAUGCCUCCUUCCGUUAUCCAAACGCCCCGAUUCCUCCUCCACCACCAUCAUCACCACCACCGCCACCAAUGGCGUUUCCCACUCCCCUCCGCUUCAGACGCUCUCCACUCCCGCCGUCGUCUCCCCAGAAGGCCUCCUCCCUCCCACUCUUGGGUCAGGGCGUCUCACUCCCUGCCCGACACUCAAACACUCGUCUCUUCCUCCUCAAGCGCGAGCUCUAGCCCCCACCCCUCCUCCGAGAUUCUUCGGACCAGGGAAGCCCUCGUCUCCCGCCAGAAGACGGCCGUCGAGGUCGUGGAGGAGUACCUGGACAGGCUGCGGCGGACGGAGCCCCUUCUCCGAUGCUUCCUCCACGUCGCCACCGAGGCCGCCCUCCGGGAGGCGGAGGACCUCGACCGGAGAAUCGCCGGGGGCGAGGAGGUCGGGGAGCUGGCCGGCGUUGUCGUCGCUGUGAAGGACAACCUCUGCACUGCGAAUAUGCCGUCCACGGCAGGGUCGAGGAUCCUUGAGGGUUACCGCCCCCCUUUCGAUGCUACUGCUGUGCGGAGGAUGCGGGAGCGCGGAGCUAUUGUGGUUGGAAAGACGAAUAUGGAUGAGUUCGGGAUGGGGAGCAGCACAGAGGGCUCCGCUUUCCAGGCAACUCUGAACCCUUGGGAUACAUCUCGUGUUCCUGGCGGAUCAUCCGGUGGAUCUGCUGCUGCUGUUGCUGCACGACAAUGUGUCAUUUCUUUGGGAAGUGACACUGGUGGAAGUGUCAGACAGCCUGCAUCCUUUUGUGGCGUUGUGGGAAUAAAACCAACGUAUGGACGAGUUUCUCGCUUUGGGCUCAUGGCAUAUGCAUCGUCACUGGAUGUUGUUGGGUGUUUUGGUUCUUCAGUUGUUGACAGUGCAAUCCUUCUCCAGGUGAUAUCUGGCCAUGACAAGAUGGAUGCCACGAGUAGUAAGCAUGAUGUUCCCAAAUAUGCAUCUGAGCUUUCACCUAAAGAGUACCUGGAAUCGAAACCUUUGAAGGGAUUAAGAGUUGGUGUCAUCCGUGAAACGUUAGGGGAGGGUGUGGAUUUAAGUGUAGCAUCCUCAGUUCAGGGUGCUGUUUCACACUUGGAAGAGCUUGGAGCUGCAGUAAGGGAGGUAUCUGUGCCCUCUUUUGAUCUUGGGUUACCGGCAUAUUACAUCUUGGCAUCAUCUGAAGCUUCUUCUAAUUUGUCACGUUAUGAUGGUGUAAGAUAUGGAAAUCAGGUUUCAGCUGGUGAGCUUCGUUCUGUCUAUGGAAAUUCACGGGCCAAUGGAUUUGGUCCUGAGGUCAAAAGGCGAAUAUUGAUGGGAACAUAUGCUCUUUCUGCUGGAUAUUUUGAUGCAUACUACAAACGGGCACAGAAGGUAAGGACUCUCGUCCAGAAAAGCUUCAAGGCAGCGUUAGAUGAAAAUGACCUACUUGUUUCCCCUGCUGCUCCAACAGUUGCAUAUAAAAUAGGUGAAAAAGCGAAUGACCCUUUGGCAAUGUAUGCUGGUGAUAUCAUGACAGUAAAUGUGAAUUUGGCUGGAUUGCCUGCUUUGGUCCUGCCAUGUGGGCUGGUUGAAGUCAACAACACAAGUCUUCCUGUAGGUCUUCAGAUGAUUGGUGCAGGAUUUGAUGAGGCAACAUUAUUGAGAGUUGGACACAUAUUCGAACAGACACGUCAGAGCUCACAAUUUAUCCCGCCUAUGUUGGCAGAUGAUUUUGUAUCCUAACACCUGCAUGUCUAGAAGGGUGGCGAAGCCUGAUACACCAUAAUGAAACUUUGGCGAAGGUCUGUCAUCUACUGGCACCUUAUUAUCCAAAGAAUGGAAACCAAAAGUGCUCGAAGAUGGACUUUUGGCUGAACACCUGUUUGAAUGAACCUACUUCAGGAAGCUGCUCAAACUAGAGAUUCAGCAUUUUCGUUAAGAUUGUACAGGGUCUCGUUAGGCAGGUGCCAUUUUAGUGGCUUAUUUAGUUUAGUCUUCAUUUCUGCAUUUGAUCAGCUAUUGCUUUUAUGAUGCCUUGAUCGGUUUUAGUUAUAUCAACCUAACAGUGUAAGCUCUUCCUGCGCAAUAAGGGAAAUGGCCAUGGUUUUGAGUCAUGAAGCGCUAGAAUUACCACCUUUUUGUGGUGGGUUGAGGUUAAGAUUAGGAGAUGCCAUACUCAGUAGGUUGAUUCAGAUUCUUGUUGCCAUUUUCGAAAUUCUUUCUGUACGCCUUAACUUUGCCGUAUAAGGCCAGUGUAUGAUUUUAUUUGGAGUUGAAAUUGAGAGGGUAAAUUUGGCA